AUGCUCACUAUGCUUGGAGACCUGGACUUCGAUGAUGGAAAGGAUAAAGCUGCGGAAUUCUACAGUUUCCUAAGCAAGACCGGGACAAAAGUUCUCGUCUCGGGUGCAAGUAGUGAGGACCAGAAGAAAGCCUUCGACAUCGUUGACAAAAAUUCGAAGAAGAUCGCCUUCAUCUCGUACGUGAUUCCCGAUGUCUUCGAGAACGACUUCCAAAACGAAACCUUUGCAUUCGAGAACUAUAAGGAGGUCAUCAAGAACGCCCUGGCUGACAAUACUGUGAAAGGUGCCAACGCAAUGCUUGGAGACCUGGACUUCGAUGAUGGAAAGGAUAAAGCUGUGGAAUUCUACAAUUUCCUAAACGAGAACGGGACAAAAGUUCUCGUCUCGGGUGCAAGUAGUGAGGACUACAAGAAACCCUUCGACAUCGUUGACAAAAAUUCGAAGAAGAUCGCCUUCAUCUCGUACGUGAUUCCCGAUGCCUUCGAGAACGACUUCCAAAACGAAACCUUUGCAUUCGAGAACUAUAAGGAGGUCAUCAAGAACGCCCUGGCUGACAAUACUGUGAAAGGUGCCAACGCAGUCAUCGCACUAGGGGUUCUGGAGUGGUGGCACGGUGGACAGGUGAUACAUAUGGAGAGAGGGCGAAUGAUUGUGAGCUCGGUACCCAAGGCCAGAUACUUCCAGUCAGUGAAUCUCGUCUUCGACACUAACGGGAAUUUUGCAAGCGCAACCGUGAAUUUCACUCCACUCAAUGAAGCAAAAGAGUUUGGCUGUGGUCCCCUAUCCGCGCUCCUGAGUUUCGUUGGGGUUCACCCCGAUCCUAGAGCCUCCCGUACAGCUACAGUUAUCCCCGGUGUCGGCAUCCGGUCUGCGGACUGGAGGGCGGGAUACUGGCGAGAUCCUCGCCAGUACCCCAACGUGCCGGAUUCAGUACUCCGGAAGGGUGGUCUGACGAGACAGGCCGCCAAGACCGUCACAAUGACUGAAAACGAAGCCACGGGCGAGUAUCUGCUAGGGCUGAGGAACGAGUUCAAGUACAAAUUUGAUAAUGAGACGUAUGAUGAGAUCGAGGUGAGUUGGGCUAUCCCGGCCGAUGGCUGUCAUCAUGGGGAAUGUGCCAUCGGGGAUCUCGUGGCCGAUGCCAUUCAAUCCUGUCCCAAAAGCCCUGACCACAUUCUUCACGCCAUCAUCCCAUCCAUCAUCAUCGCCCGGGGUCUCCCUCAAGGAAAAGUUCGAAUGAGCGAGGACGUGAUGAAUACAGCGCCACGGGAUCUUUCCCUGGUCCAAGUCAACAUGACAGGGAGAGACUUGAAAUACCUCUUCGAGAGAGCAGCUGACAUCAUGGUCACCAAACAAUUCGACAAGGGAUGUUCUCCCCUUCAAAUAGCAGUUAGAUACGUGGGAGACGAGGAGCGAGAGAGAACAGAAAGACAGGGAAAAAACUAG